GUCUGAAUGUCUCGCAUCGACCACGGAAAGCAGGUUGGCCAUGGCCGCCAUGCAUCUCACGACACCGACCGCCAUGGCUCUCACGGCAGUGGCCACGGGCAAUUCGGCAGCCAGCAAUAGCAUUGUCUGGUGAACUACACAUUGAUUGCAUGCCGACCGACCACUCAAAUGCAAGCGCCAUCACAGCCGACCUCCGCCAAUACUCGCACUUGUGGACCUGUGGAUCCGCCCUUGCUUCUUGCUUGGGAUAAACGCCGGUCUGCUAAAAAAGGAGGAAACAAAAAAAGAAGCGAUGUGGUGGAGCCCGCGCGAGUCUCUUCGACUUCGAGUCGUCCGCUAUCUCCUACUGGGGCCUUGCCUCGCGAACAUGAGUUCGGCGCGUGGCGUGGCUUCUGGCAUAUGACCUGUCCGCCCCCGAUCGUCAGCGCAUCUGCAAGUGGCCUACUCCCACGCGGCGGCCGGCACAGGCGACGUCCACGAGCCUCGCGACCAGUGUGGACCCUGCGCUGCGGCCAAAGCAAUCCAGACGUCUUCUGUAUUGAUUUCAAUACACCGCUAGCCACUUUCGCACUCGCCUCGCGUUGGUGUAACGAUGGGACGACUCGAAUAGAAAGGCUUGUCUAAACAUCCUGGUGCCAUAUGCAGGAAAGCCCGUCUGGCACCGGAGCAAUGGGUUCACUCUUGCCUGCCAUCACGCAGUGUGCAAGGAAGCCGGCGACGGCGUGUAAGGAGGCAGUGCUUGAUGAGCUGUGCUCGACGGCCAUUCGACGAUGCGCGCCCACUGACACACCCAAUAGCUUGGCCGACUACUGAUUGCUCGACACGCACUACUGUUCAUAGACGAGCCAGCGGUAACGAACAUCCACUUGGUACUAUAUUUUCUUCUGACCUCCAACUGUGCGCAGGUUCUCGCAGUUUGCCACGCUCGUUCAGCCCUUCUUUCACAUAUCACUCUCGUUUCAUCAUUUGAAAGAUUGUCCCUUUUGGAUACUUUGGACUCUUUCAACCUCUAAUCAUAAUGCGUUUUGCGACCACUGUGGCUUGUGUGGCCACUGCAGGCUUAGUCGCUGCACAGGCUCCAAGCAUCAGCGACUAUUCUGCUCAACAGAUCGCAAGCGGCGAGGCCUGGCGAAACAUCUCAACCAUCGCCGACGAGUCCAUGCAGUCUAACAUCGGCUCAAGGUCAAACGCUCAGUGCACAUACGAAAAUGCCGCUGUCAGGCAAGAAUGGCGGACUCUGUCACCGGAAACUCGCAAAAGCUUCACCGAUGCUGUCACAUGCCUCCAAAACCACGCACCUACGCGGAUGACUGCUGCAGAAGCUCCCACGUACCCUGGCGUCAAAUCAAGAUACGAUGAAUAUGUCGCUACCCACAUCAAUUACACGUUAAACAUUCAUGACACUGCCGACUUCUUUGCUUGGCAUCGUGCCUUUAUUCACUUUAUGGAGCAAGACUUGAUCAAUCUCUGCGGCUACACUGGAGUAAUGCCAUACUGGAACUGGGCGGAGGAUGCCGCUGCUCCGCAAGACUCUGCCUUGUUCAGCGGAGAUGCAUACAGUAUGGGGAGUAAUGGAAGGUACAUUGCCGGUCGCUCAGAUACCUGGCUGGCGCAGCAAGACGUGACCUAUUCUCCCGGCACGGGAGGUGGAUGCGUUGAAUCUGGCCCGUUCAGCGAAUACACUGUCAAUCUAGGACCUCUCGGUCUGCCCAACUACGAUAAUGUCGACACUCCGUUCCAAUACAACCCGCACUGCUUGGAACGUGACAUCAACCCUUGGUUUUCGACGCGGUACAAUACGUAUGAGAGGUUGACAUCUGUGGUGCUCGACUACAUCUACAUUGAGGACUUCCAAUGUCAAUCCCAGGGCAUGUGUGGCGACAACAAGUUUGGUGUCCACGGAGGUGGUCACUGGCAAACCGGUGGAUCCAUGAUGGACUUCUACAGCUCACCUGCCGAUCCUCUGUUUUAUGUACACCAUGCCCAGGUUGACAAAAUGUGGGUCAUUUGGCAGAACCUUGACAUCUAUCGUCGUCAGAAUAUUAUCAAGGGCACUGGGACACUCGGUUGUUCUUCUCCUGACUGUCCAGAAAUGACACUGAACGACCGGCUUCCGUUUGGCCUUGUCGCUGACGAUCAGACCUUUUCUACGCUCAUGGAUAACUUUGCGGGUCCGUUUUGCUACCGCUACGACUAAUUGCGAUCUUUUUGAAAUGCAAAGCCGCAGUGGGAACGAAGCAAUGAAUACCCUCUAGCAUGACACGAUGGUAUUUAUAUGCAUGAAGUGUGAAUUUGAUGUCUCUUGGGUAGUCUGGCGAGUUUUUAAUGCUUGAGAACAAUAACGACAACAGCAGCAGUACCUGAAGCUUUGCAGAGAGCGGCAUUGUAGAUCAGAAUAGAUUGUACAGCAUCAGAUAGACAUAGACGACCAGAUUAUAGCUAUGAUACUGCA